AUGGAAAAUGAAACAUCUGUGACUGAAUUCAUUGUAUUGGGGUUUUUAAUACUCCCAGAGUUGAAGCUUUUACUCUUUGUGGUAUUUUCUUGCCUGUACCUCCUUACUGUACUUGGCAACAUCAUCAUUAUUGUAAUCAUUACCACUGAUGGUGCUUUAAAGAUUCCCAUGUAUUUCUUCUUAAGGAACUUGUCUUUCUUAGAAUUAUGUUUCACUUCAGUCACAAUACCCAACAUGUUGGUGAAUCUGUGCUUGGAAGAAACCAAAAUCUCUUUUGUUGGGUGUGCGACACAGCUCUAUUUCUUUUUGCUGCUUGGUGUCUCAGAGUGCCUUCUUCUCACUGUCAUGUCAUAUGAUCGCUAUGUGGCCAUCUGCAUCCCACUAAGAUACGCAAUCAUCAUGAACAAGAGGAUUUGCCUCCAGUUCUCCGCUGCCUGUUGGUGUGUUGGCUUCUUGGUGGCAGCAGGACACACAACUGUUAUCUUCUCUCUCCCCUUUUGUGGACCCAACACCAUUAACCAUUUCUUCUGUGAUAUUCAGCCUUUACUUAUGCUUGUUUGUGGGGACACUUUUUGGAAUGAAGUCCAAGUCAUUGCAGUUGCUGGUGUGGUGCUGAUGCUGCCCUUCAUUCUUGUUCUUGUGUCGUACAUUCAUAUCAUCACUACCAUUCUGAAGAUGAGCUCAGCCAAAAGCAGGAGCAAGGCUUUCUCCACAUGUUCAUCUCACCUCACUGUAGUAUCAAUGUACUAUGGCACAGCUGUCUUUAUGUACACACGGCCCAAGUCCAGUUACUCUUUGGAUAAAGACAAGUGGUUCACUCUAUUCUACUGUGUUCUUACACCACUACUGAACCCUAUCAUAUAUAGUCUGAGGAACAAAGAGGUGAAGGGAGCGUUAUGGAAAUUGGGUAACAAAAUAUUUUGGAAGGGAUAA